GCGGGUCGAUAGUGAUUGCAGAUCUAGUGUGGCGGAUAUUCGAUAGUUUAAGCCGGAUGAACCUGUAUCAAAAUGACACGCAGGUUGGAAACGCAAGGACAAGAUCGUGUUAUAAACUUUGGUGAUGGCACGCUGCCUAUCAUAGUGGACUAUAGAAACGCCAUAAAAUAUUAUAGAAGUAAACACUAUGAUAGAGCCCCCGGUCAAAAUUGGAUGGAGUUCCAUGUGCAUCAUGAAGGGGUGCUUAAUUUCUGUGAAAACCCCCGACAGCUGAUACUCAAUGCGCUCUUCAAAGCAGUGGAAGGUGAUGAGUUCUUUCCCGUUAACUAUAAGUCGGGCACACAUGUGGAUACAUUUCUGGCACGGUCUUGUCAGAAAGCUCUGGACAAGCUCUUUCAUCAGCGUCUAAGCCUUCAGCUAGUUACUGGAGGCACAAUUUACAUGACGGUGUGGCUGAACAUAGCUCCCUAUAAAGCGGGUCAGAUAUCGCCAACGCUCAUAAUGUCUAGGACCAUAGAUCGUCUGAUGAACAAGCUGGAAACUUAUAAUGGCAUACCAGGCAUUUUGAAUAUGGCAAACUUUAGCGCUCAGCCUGCCUUUGAGAACGUUGUGGUCAGAUUAAACAAUUUAGCCACCUUGCGACUGGCUUUUGAUAUAAUCUACAACAACGACGGCAGACGCUCCGCUUUGAAAGGCUUCAGUCUGGCAAAUAACGAUAUAAGCGAUCUGGCGCCAUUAAAACUGUUUGGCGAUGUAGAUUAUGCGCUGCUUGAUUUAAGCGGCAAUAAGCUUGCUUCGGCUACAAGACUGUGUGCGGAUCUGGAACGCUUUCGUGCCAAGCAGCUGCUGAUGGCUCAAAAUCCUAUUACCAAGCUAGCCAAAUAUCCAGAGUGCCUUAAACCAUUGAAAAAGAAUUUUGAAGAAGUGGAUGGGGUGCCUUUUGAUAGACUUUACAAGACCUAUACGCCACUAAGCUAUGAGAUUGACAUGGAGUGCGAUGGCACACGCAUAGACUGGAGCAACAAGUCCGCAUUGGCGCAGUUUAAAGACAGCUCAAAGUGGCAUGCCAUAUUGAUACCUGAUCCAAAGCAAGAGUUUAAAAAGGACGCUAUUAUAGAAUAUUUCUUUAUUAAUGUGUCACCUGAGCUGAGCGAAUUUUAUCCCUGCUAUUAUAAGUUUACCAAUGAUGAGCAUCGUUUCCUAGCACGCAAAUGCUUUGAUCAGUUCGAGCAUUUAGUGCACAAUUGCAAUCUUCAAAUUCCAAUACCAAGUCUGGUGUCUGAUGAUGGUCCCAUACCGGAGUAUAUAAACGAACGUACCGUGUCCUACUAUCUAAAGAUGGAUGUCAGCUCAUUUAAGCCGGGACAAGUGGACCCGAAAGCAUGCAUAGUGGAGGCUGUACAAAAGUGCUACAAUGCCGUUAAUCGCGUUCUGAAUUUGGAAAAUUUCCAGCAAACCGCGGGACUGGAAAGUGUCAUAGUAAAGCUAAGCUCACCAAAGAUUGUCAAGAUUGUUUUAUGGAUAGCCUCGAAGCGCUUUAUGGGCUCGCAAAUUGUUGAUUUGCGUCUAGGCAGCAAUGGUAUAGUGAGUCUCCAUAGCAUACGCUCAAUGGCGCUGCUGAAUGGACUACAUGCGCUGGAUUUGAGCCACAAUUGGAUAUAUUGUCUUUCGGAAAUCAGCACGUUUAGCAAGGUACCCUUAAAGAGUUUGCGUCUGCAUGGCAAUCCUUUGUGCAAAAACUACAGCCUGCCUAGGGAAUACAUACGUGCUGUUAAGGAUAUGUUUCCCAGCUUAGCAACCCUGGAUGGUGUUGCCUUGAAUAGCAAUCCUGGACUAGCACCACAAAAGGACUUUCUGUGCAAUACUGGCGCCUAUGAACUAACUGGCGAACGCUUUCUCUACCCUUAUCUACGUGAAUUUGAGGAUGUGGACAAGCGUGACAACUUGAUAAGAUAUUAUAGUGACGAAUCUUAUUUUACGCUAACUUGUAGCUACGACUCGAGUCGUGGCAUGCGAUCCAUUAAUCUAGCGCAACGUCUGAAGUGGUACAACUGUCAUCGCAGAAAUCUAUUGAAGAGCUCGCGAUAUACGGACAACGUCAAUGUUGGUGCACAUGAGAUAAUGGAGGUUCUGAUGACGCUGCCAAAGGUAAAACAUGAUUACAUUUCGCUGCAGACCGACGUCAUGCAUUAUGACGAUAAGACAGCGGUAAUCUAUGUGACUGGACUGCUGCGUGAUGAGCCGGACUUGCUGUUGGCUUUCAGCAGGCAGUUUGUGCUCAAGGUGGAUAAAACGGGCUUGGGCUUGGGCAAGAAUGCGCGCCGUCUUAAGAUAAUCAAUGAACGCCUCUCUAUAAUGAGUCCAACCAAAAAACAAGAACUUGCUGCUUUUAAAUUCACUGAGCCUACUUUGGAUCUUAAGCCAAAACUGUUUGACGAUCCAAAGGAGGAGAACUCUGUGAAUGUUCAAGAAUGCAAGCUGCAUGUUUUCCAAGUGCUCACCAAUUUGCGUCCACGUUGGGUCACACGCAUUGUGCAGGACGAGGCCAAUUGGAAUAUCGCUGAGGCGCUACAGCUGUUUAACCAAAUGGACUCCAAAAAUGAGCUGCCCGAUGAGGCAUUUUUGCCGCAAGACUUAACAUUCAAUAAAAGUCAGCAAUUGAGCAAUUGAGCAGCGCGGCUGGCUCAACGCUCUCACACUCA